UCUGUGACGUGUAUCAGCGGGGUGUCCCGGACGGUGCCUGAAGGCCCCCGAGAAAUAAAUACACCAGGUCCUUCGCUCCGGACUCACGCCGUGUGGACUGAGGCGGAUCCCGGGACGCAUCCAGUCCGAGUCGGGGUGAUGUUGGUGGGGUCCGUGUCCCCCGCCCGGUCGUCUCCGUCCUCUCUGGGUCGAUACCGUUAAUCUCCGUUAUUCGUCGAGCGGUUGUUGUUGUUUUCCUCUCGGCCGCCGUCACUAGCGUUAGCAUUAGCUUUAGCAUUACACGAGCUAACGGACUAACCCCGAGACACACGGAGCGCUCGUGUGGAUUCCAGUGGAGUCGAUAAACGGGGGGCGUUGAUGAGCAGUGAUGUCUGGCAUCGCUCUGAGCAGACUGUCCCAGGAGAGGAAGGCCUGGAGGAAAGACCACCCGUUUGGCUUUGUUGCCGUGCCGACCAAGAAUCCAGAUGGAACCAUGAACCUGAUGAACUGGGAGUGUGCCAUCCCCGGAAAGAAAGGUACUCUGUGGGAGGGAGGACUCUACAAACUGAGGAUGCUGUUCAAAGACGACUACCCGUCCUCCCCACCCAAAUGUAAAUUUGAGCCUCCCAUCUUCCACCCCAACGUUUACCCCUCAGGGACCGUGUGUCUGUCCAUCCUGGAGGAGGACAAGGACUGGAGACCAGCCAUCACCAUCAAACAGAUCUUGCUGGGGAUCCAGGAGCUGCUGAACGAGCCGAACAUCCAGGACCCGGCUCAGGCUGAAGCCUACACCAUCUACUGUCAGAACAGGAUGGACUAUGAGAAGCGGGUCCGAGCUCAGGCCAAGAAGUUUGCCCCCACAUAGACCAUAGACCUGGUCCCAGAGGAACCAGGUCCCAGGGUCCCCCCUCCUCACCCCCUCACCCCCCGGGGAGGACUCCGAGUUCCUUCUUCAUCCAUUCAUCUGUCAGCUGAUAAUGAAAUAAUAACGGGAUCCAGAUCUGAUCUUAGAUCCAUAAACAGAUCUUCAUCCUGGAGGGGGGAGGAGGGGGGAGGAGGGGGGGGAGGGGGGCUGGAGUCCUCUGUGGACGUACGCGUGCAUGUAAAUAAUAUAAAUAGGGGAAGUUGUGGAGGUUUUUUUCUAUUGUUGGUGUUAAAGAAAAAUAAACAGAUUGAGAUGUGAAA